GAGGAUGGUUGCCGGAAAUAAAUUUGCACCACCAGGCAUGCACACGAGAACUUCCAACUCGUGGCCUUGCUGUCUUCAUCUCAUCGAGGACGCCAUUUUGGAACCCGGUUUUAUUGAAGGGCUUUAUAUUGAUCAAAAUUUUCAGGAAGCCAAUUGUUUGGAGCACUCUUCAUGAUGAAAUGUUAUGCCGGGAAAUAUUGGUAGUAGAUCCUUUUACUGGCACCAAAAAGAGUACGCUGGCUAGAAGAACAAAGUGGGAAGAGGUCGCCCAAAACGCAAACAAAAUUCAGGAAGUGUACUUCAAAGUUGAUAAGAGGGCAGUCCGUGACCAUUAUAACCUCCUUUCAAAGGAGCUGAGAACCAAAUUGAAAACAGAAGAACGAGAGAGUGGAAUUCAAACUGAUAUGACAGAAGUGGAAGUCACACUAGAGGAACUGAUUGAGAAAGAAGAUGCAGCUGAGACAGAACAAAGAAUUGUUGACAACCAGAACAAGAUGAAGGACAGUCAAGACAGAGAAAAUGCAGAGAACAUUCGGAAGAAGGCUAUGGAAAGACUUGGACAAACUCGGAAAAGACAAGCUGACAAGGGAGAAAGCGAAGGGAAAAGAAAGAGGAAAAGGUCAAGUGGCUGUGACACACUGAACUUUCUAAGAGAAAAAAAUGAACAGGUUCAGGCAAUCCAAAAAGAGGAAUUCGAUCUUAGGAGACAGCAGCUGGAGCUUGAGUCCAAGAAACAGGACAACUUCAUGCAAGUGAUGCUGCAUCAGCAACAACAACAACAGCAACAGAUGUAGGACUUUCAGGUCAUGAUGGGUAUGCAAACCAAACGCCAAAAUGAUUUGAUGCUAGCCGUUGUUAAUAAGUUAGUAGAGAAGAAGUAAAAUGAUUUGUUGCGAUGUAGUAAACAACUUGGCAAUGUUGAGUUUACAAGACUUUGUUUUCACAUGUGAUGCUGCAUCAGCAGCAACAACAACAAAAGCAGCUGCAGGACUUUCAGGCCAUGAUUGGUAUG